UAAAGGCAGGGUCCGAUGCUGACGGACGGCUGCUCUGGGCCAAGAGGCCGAAUUCGUUCUCAGCCAGUGUUGGACGCAGCCCAAGGGGAGCCCCUCACGGUGGAGACGCUGAUGUCUGCCUCUUUGUCUCCCAGCUGUCUUUCCCACCCCCUCGCUCCCAGUCCCGAGUUGCCCAACCCGCCGGUUGCUUCCCACCGGCCAACCGCAGGGCGGAAGGCUUCGGGUUUUCGCAGCCAUUCAAGAGGAAAGCGCCGAGCCUCGCACACCGGCUGGCCUUCCUCUUCUGCCUCCCGGCGAACUCGCUCCCGCCCCGCCCUUCACGGAAGCUCCCCGAAGCCCGCUGAUUGGCCUGCGGGCCGUCACCGCGCAGUGACGCUGCGCUCUCCAGCCGGGCCUCGCGCUGGGUGGUCGCCGCUCCGGCCGCGCGCGCGGACGACGAUUUCUCCUGCUGACUCAGGCAGCCCGGCUCGCGGCUCGCGGCUCGCGGCUCGGGCUCCCCGGCUCCCCGGCUCCCGGCUCCCACCCGGACUCACUCUGCCGGGGAACGAGUCGCAGGAGCGCCCCAAGGAGACCUCCGGAGCCCUGGACAGGCCGAAGACUCCGCCGGCCCCGGAGGAGGAGACCCAGGCCUGGCUGCUGCCCAGGGGCCCCGGCGAGGAGACCCCGGGGGCCGAGGACACCCUGGUGCCGCGGACGGCGCUCUCCCCGAGGCGCUUUGUGGUGCUGCUGAUCUUCAGCCUGUACUCGCUAGUGAACGCCUUUCAGUGGAUCCAGUACAGCAUCAUCAGCAACGUCUUCGAGAACUUCUACAAUGUAUCCUCGCUGCACAUCGACUGGCUGUCCAUGGUGUACAUGCUGGCCUACGUGCCCCUCAUCUUCCCGGCCACCUGGCUGCUGGACACCAGAGGCCUGCGGCUCACCGCCCUGCUGGGCUCCGGCCUCAACUGCCUGGGCGCCUGGAUCAAGUGCGGCAGCGUGCAGCAGCAUCUCUUCUGGGUCACCAUGAUGGGCCAGUGCCUGUGCUCCGUGGCCCAGGUGUUCAUCCUCGGCUUGCCUUCCCACAUCGCCUCAGUGUGGUUUGGGCCCAAGGAGGUGUCCACAGCUUGUGCCACCGCUGUGCUAGGUAAUCAGCUUGGAACUGCAGUUGGCUUUUUGCUACCACCAGUUUUGGUGCCCAAUACACAGAAUAACACAGAACUUCUGGCUUGUAAUAUCAGUAUCAUGUUUUAUGGAACGUCAGCCGUCGCCACGCUUUUAUUUAUUUUAACAGUAAUUGGCCACUCCAGCAAAGUACUGCUGCCACCAUUCGUCCCUGAGUCCUCUCGUCCGGGCCUAUCUCUUGAAGCGGCCAGUCAAAAUCAGCUGCAAGCAGCCAUCAUCAUUUUGGAAGAAGCAUUCAAAGAAAAACCUCAGUAUCCACCAAGUCAGGCUCAAGCAGUUCUCCAGGACAGUCCCCCUGAAAAGUACUCCUAUGUGAAAUCAAUAAGGAAUCUAUUCAAAAACAUUCCUUUUGUGCUUCUCCUGGUCACUUACGGUAUCAUGACUGGAGCAUUUUAUUCAGUCUCAACAUUAUUAAAUCAAAUGAUACUGACAUAUUAUGAGGGAGAAGAAGUGAAUGCUGGAAGGAUCGGGCUAACACUCGUAUUGGCUGGAAUGGUGGGCUCUAUCCUUUGUGGCUUAUGGCUGGAUUAUACCAAAACAUACAAACACACUACUCUGACAGUUUACAUUUCGUCUUUUGUUGGAAUGGUUAUAUUUACUUUCACCCUAGACCUUGGACACAUUAUCAUCGUGUUUGUUACUGGAGGGUUGCUCGGUUUCUUCAUGACUGGUUACCUCCCCUUGGGUUUUGAAUUUGCUGUUGAAAUUACUUACCCAGAAUCUGAAGGUACUUCCUCUGGUCUUCUUAAUGCUGCUGCACAGAUAUUUGGAAUUUUUUUCACGUUGGCACAAGGAAGGCUCACAUCAGCCUAUGGUCCUCAGGCAGGAAACAUUUUUCUCUGUAUUUGGAUGUUUGUAGGCAUCAUUUUAACAGCGUUGAUCAAGUCGGAUCUGAAAAGACACAAUAUCAACAAAGGAAUUACAAAUGGUGAUAUUAAAGCUGUACCAGUUGAUAGUCCCACAGACCAGGAAUCAAAAACUAUUCUCAUGUCUAAGCAGUCAGAAUUAGCAAUUUGAGGUAAAGGGAAAAGUUAAUAUCAUGUGAUAACUGAGUAGUAAAGAUUAGUUUAUGGGUUAUGGGGAAUGGACACUUACUUGAAAAUUAUUUUGUGACUUGUAACUGCAGUUACUGUUUUUACUUGAUUGUUAUUAAGCAACAUUUUGCUUAAAAUACUUCUGCUCACAUCAUUUUAACACUACACAUUUAUCCAAGUGUCCCAUCUUAUAUUGUUGAUCUAAAAGUAAGCUUCUUGACAUUUGUUUUUCCAAAGUAAAUGUUUUUCUUUCUGUAGACAAUGGAAGCUUAGAAGGCUUUCUAAAAUAAUAAUAUGGCAGUCCCAAUCCCUUCAAGUCCCAUAGCAGUACAUGCAGUUCAUUUGUAUAAAACUAUCCAGUGGAACUAGGUAUACAAUAUAUUCCUAGUUGUCUCUCUUUCCAUCGUUCAGACCAGCUGUCCAAGCCCCCUCCGUGUGAAUACAGUAAAACAAUAUGACAUUUCUAACCCACCAAGUGACCCUUCCAGAUGACCUCUACGGUUUUCCCAUUUCAUACCUUCUUGUUAGAAAAUGCUUUGUAACAGGUACUGUCAAUGGCCAUAAAUGUGUGCAGACUGAACCCAUAACUUUGGUCUUAGGCUAUGUUCCAAUUAAGUGAAGGAGCCCAGACACAGACUCAUUCCCUCGAGUUCUUCUCUGUGCUGCCUUCCCAUCACGGUGUGAAUAUGAACACUAUAUUUUUUCACUCCAACUUGAAAUAGAAUAGUUUUGUAUCCAUUGCUUUUCUUACUCUUUCAAUAUACAACUUUCUAGUAGGAAAAUUUCAUCCUAUGUGUUACUGGCUUUUUCAUGAUUUCCUUAUAUAUACUUUUCACACCUUAUAUAUACUUUUAUCUUGAAGAUUCCUAGAGGUACGGACUCUAUAAGAACUUCAGAUAGCCUAGGGGUUCCCACUGAGUAGAGACCUCUUGAAAUGCUGUCUGUUCUAAUUCCGCAGCAUCGUUUUUUAUGACCAUUAUCCUCUGAGGAACACUGUGCCCAGGUCUGCGUCCCACAGUGUAUCAUGAGAGUAGGUUCUUUUCUUCUUCACCAAGAAUGCGCAUAGGCUCCGUGCUGUUGGGACAGCCUGCUCUUUUACAUGCUCAGGGUACGGAGAACAGGACCAAAUGUGUUUCCACAGUGCCUACCACUGCAUUUUGUUUACAGUGAGAAUCUAAAUGUUGUUCGUGUCGUGAGUCUCUAAGCUGAGAGGGAAUAUCUUCACAGUAAUGGCAUUUAAACAGUCGUAAUAUUUAUUUUAUGUUCACAUUAAACCCAAAAAGCGAAUCAGGUAUACCCUUGAAUACCCUUGAAGUGAAUUAGUAAUUCUGAUUUGGUUGUAGUAUAUGCUUUGCUUUAUAUUGAAAUUACAACAUUCUCUGAAACCAAGCGGCACUAAAUUACGUGGACUCUCACCCUGGGGAACAUGUUCCCGGAAGAGCUUAGCUGGGAAUCCGGAACUGCGAUCCAUGUCCUGGAUCUGUUUCUAGCUUCCCUGUAAAUCUCCAGGCAGCAUUUUCCUCAUCUGUGAAAUGAACAUCUUAAAUUCGAUCUCAAAGAUAUUUUUUGAGUCUUAAAUGCGCUCAUCAGGGGGUAGACUGAAUCACUGUACCACAGGAACUUAAAUCUAGCUGGAGACAAUUGAAUAAACAACUGUGGCUCUUACUUUGUAGACACCGGGAAUUUAAAAUCUGUUUUUUGCCUUUUUAUUCAUUUGGUGAUAGCUCAGGCAGAAUCUGCUGAAUCAUUAACCUCCUUAGAUAUUUACAUCGCAGGCUUUAUGGCCAAAAAUAUAUCUUACGGUCCCUCCUCUAAGUUAUUGUCUUUAUUUUUAAACUGACAGUGUUGUUUAAAAUAAUAAUGUACCUAUUGAAUUCCUGAGGUUUUGAACAAAUUAUAGAUAAAAGUUGAAAUAUCUUAUUUCUGAAAAUCAUAUAUACAUAUAUCAUGUGUAUUUUUCCUUGUUGAUUAGAAAAAGAAUGAAAUAUGAUGUGACAAAACACAAAAUGAAUUGAUAAUUUUUCUGUGUUUUUGAGUUACGUUUGUCUAUAAUAUGUCAAAGAAGAAUGUCAUAUAAUUAUAUGUCAUAUCUUUGGGAAAUGGAGUUGGAUAACCAUGACUUGUGCAAAUUUUAAUCAAGUAAUUUUAGGAAGAAACUGGAUGCUUUCUAAAGCUCUUGUAUUUAUUUAUAAGUGUUGCAAAUAUAGCUUUUGCAUUUUGUGAAUGUUGGAGAAAUGUCUUUAAAAAUGUGUUUUAAAAAUAUCUGUAAACAAGAGUAUUGCCAGAAGAAUGCCUGUCUUAAGUCAUUUUUCAAGUUCAAAUUAGCUCUUUGUGCUGUUUAUCUGUAUGCUUAUUCUUCAGUAUUUGAGAUUUGAGAUAAAUUUAUUUUUUUAAUGUUAA